GCGGCCGCUGUGGUAUGUCGCCGCUCGGGCGCGCGACGUACGUGACGGUGCUGCGGAGCUCGAGCUCUGAACGGCAGCGGGAGAGAAGUUGCCGCUUCUCCUGCUCGUUUCCCAACGGCGUCGAGUGACGGCAGGUGAUUCCUGGAGCCAGCUCUCCUGCAACAUGAAGAUCUCCGAUUAAAACUGAGCAUGCUCAGUGUCCUCUUCUAAGCUGCCAGUUGUCAGCUGUCUAAACCAUGCCUGAAGACUAGAGCACCUCUCCAUUGCUAAUAGCAUAUUUAAAAAAAACAACAAAAAACCACCCAAAAAACACUACAUGGUCCUACAUGUAGAGCGCUCUUGUCCGUCCGACUGGAGUGAACUCCACCCUCUUGGCUGACUCCUCCCCUUUGUAGCCUGCCCCCUCCUGCCCUGUCAAAGCCUGCCUGGGAGAAUGCCCCUGUACAUGCCGAUGGCUCCCACCUAGAGUCCCAUGCGUCCAGUGAACGGAGAGUCGUCCGGUCGUGCCCCCCCUGAGCGCGUCUCGUGGCCGCCCUUGUCGGAGAUGUCCCUGCUGCCGUCCCUGGGCCCGGUGCAGACCUGGCUGGGCCAGGAACUGGAGAAAUGCGGCAUAGACGCGAUGAUCUACACUCGAUAUGUCCUCAGCCUCCUGCUGCACGACAGCUACGACUACGAUCUGCAAGACCAGGAGAAUGACAUCUUCCUGGGAUGGGAGAAGGGAGCAGGCAAGAAAUUGGGGAAGAGCAGCAGCAGGAGGAAGGGGGGGGGCGACCUGAGCCUGGAGGAGAUGAAGAAGCAAGCUGCUGUACGGUGCCUGCGCUCGGCUUCUGAUGAAAACUCUGGAAUUGAAGGCUUGGUUGAGGAGCUUUGCUCUAAGCUCAAGGACAUUCAGAACAAGCAGAAAGAAAAAGAAAAGCAAACGACCAAGAAGCCUGAUGAAUUGCGGUCUCCUGAAUUGGCUGAAUCACCAUCUUCUAAAGACCAGGUGGAAAUGUACUAUGAAGCCUUUCCACCUCUGUCUGAGAAACCUGUUUGUCUCCAAGAGAUUAUGACUGUGUGGAAUAAGUCUAAAGCAUGCACAUAUUCCAGCUCAACCUCAUCUGCUGCCCCUCAGACAAGCACAGAUACCUCAUCCCCGAAAGACUGCACCAGUGAGGGUGAGGUCUUCAAGGCCAAAGGGCCUGAUGUCUUGAGCACCACCACGACCAACGAGAAGACCCAACAGCGCCGCAGCAAGAAGGAAAAGGAGAACCGAUACCAUGGUGGUGCGACUGGGGUGUCUGAGGACCAGGCUGCUUCUCAAAAUAAGAGGCAGACCAGAAAUCGAUCUGAUAUGGGGCACCGCCCCCGAUCCUGGUCCUCCGGCUCCAGUGAGGGUGGCUCAAGCUCCAGCGGCAAUCAUGGUGACAUGAAAACCUCAGGCAGCAAAGGGGUCAGGUUCAGGCACAAGUCCCGCGAGGUCAGCAACAGAAGCAAAAAGGGGCGGAGCAGUGGUCGGGUGAAACUGGCACUGAAGGCUAUCGACAAAGAGGAACGUAGAAAUGCCGGCAGUGUUUUUAGCGCUAGUGAGGGCCCUUCAAAACAGCAGCAGCACUACAUGAAAAAAGGCAAGAGGUCAUUAAGGGAGAUUCGUAAAGAUCCCAGCUGGGCUGAGGCAAAGGAGUCUGGAGGUGAGGCUGGUACCAACAAGGAAUAUAUGGAAGAACCCCUUUGGUACACGGAGCCCAUCUCUGAGUACUUUGUCCCAUUUAGCCGAAGCAAACUGGAGACGAAAUACAGAAGCAAACAAGCCUCCCCCAGUGACCUGACCAUGUCUGUUGACAUGGACUGUUUGUCGGAGAGAAUGCAUGGGAUCUGCAUUGCCAACUCUUCGUUUGAAAGAGCGUACCUUGCGGCAGGUACAUUUGUGGAUGGGCACUUUGUCGAAGUGUCUGGUGAAGGAGAAGAGGAGGCCGCAGAACUGAACGGGAUCUCAAGCUGCCUUCCUCCUGAGGACGGUCAAGAUUUAGAUGAUGAGCAUCUGUGCGAAUUCACUCACUUCUAUGAAGUUGACAUUUAUCAAUCCAUAUUGGAUCCUAGUGCCUCAGAUGCAGUACACGAGAGUCGUAUCUUGAACAUGAUUCGACAAAAGAGCAAUGAGCCAAGAGAUGUUGAGGCAGGGUGUCGUAUAUUUCUAGACGGCCUUGAGCUGCAAGGGGAAAGUGCAAUAAAAGGAGAGCCUCUUGGAGCUUCAGAAGCUGACGUGACCCUCACACAGGAUAUGGAGAACAUAGCUCAUGUGUGGGAGUGCUACUCCUCUUCUAGCUCUGAGGAUUUGGAAGCAGAGAGCUGUGCUGGAGACUCUCCAGCUCGGCUGUCCCCAGUGUUGGGCAGUGUCCCAUUUAACAUGAGCAGGCUGCCUGGCUCUCUUGGGGAGCUCCAUCCCAUGGACGCCUGCGGGAGCACAUCGGCCCUCAACACUUGCUUCUCGCUCUUUGAGCUGCAGUGUGACAGCUCUGCUUUCCCCUUCCAUUGUGACCCGCUCACACAGAAUCGUGACAACAUGGACUUGAAUAGCUGUCUCGACCCCCUUGGAAACAAACAGUCCCGUUUGCUAAUUUGGACCAAAAACAGUGCCUUUGAUGAAACUGAACAAUGCUCCAACCUGUCGACGAGGACUUGCAGUCCGUGGUCCCACUCGGAGGAGACGCGCUCAGACAGUGAGCAAAUUGGUGCUCAGCUGGACGAGUCAGCUCAGUUUGGCAGCGAGGAAGUCGGCUGCGUUAUUCCUCCCAUCCCGGCAGUGUACAUGGACGAGGAGCUGUUGGAUUUCUUGCAGGAGAACCCAAGUCACCAGCAGGAUGAAAUGAGUGUAGGCACGAUGUCCAACCAGACCUUCAACAAGGUAUCUAAACUGGAGUCUGUUUGUGGAAUAGCAUUAGAGCAGGAUGAGAGCAAACAGUACAACACUGUUUUGUUCUCAGAUGAUGCAAACCAACAAAGUGAUGAUUACAGCUCAGGAAUAAUAAAAGACAUUUGGAUGGCUAUUGGAGACAAAGAUUGUGUAUUGGCUCUUGGAAUGGAGAAAGCAGGCGAGAACUUGUUUUCGGAGGAGACCCCUAGCUACCAGUGCUGCUGCUGUCUCGACGUAGAGGUGAAGGAUGAGCCCAUCCAGAAGAAGGCUGUACAGCGUUCAGAGUACCACCUCUGGGAGGGCCAGAAAGAGGACCAAGGCCUGGCCAAAAGCAAAGUCUCCAAAAUGGAUGGAGGGGAUUAUACGACACCUGCUAGGCCUUGGGACAUGUACUCUGAGAGGAGUGGCACAUCGUUUAUCCUUGGAGGGGUGUAUGGAGAGCUAAAGACCAUAGGCAGUGAGAAGGAGUGGGCGCUGGUUCCACCUGGAGACACCUGCGGCAGCUUGUUGCAGUGCGCGGCGUCAUCCUCCUCUGAUGUGGUCACCAUCGCAGGAACAGACGUGUUCAUGAACACAGGCAGCUGCUUUGCUCCGGGGCAUAAGCCCCUGUGGAGGCCUCUAGUGUCGUUUGGACAGAACGAUCAGGCUACCAAAGGGGCAGGCGAUGGACUGAAUAAGGGAUUUUCUGUUAUCUUCCAUGAAGAUUUACUUGGAUCCUGCGGAGGCUACUGCGGAGAGGAGCAGGGGCUAGAGUGCCCAUUUUCGUCCUUGGACCUGAAUAACCCCUUUUCCCAGGUCCUGCAUGUUGAAUGCUCCUUUGAACCAGAGGACAUGGCCUCGUUUAGCCCAGGGUUCAAGCCGAAGUCCAUAUUGUGCUCGGACUCAGACAGCGAGCCCUUCUGCCCGCGGUUCUAUGGCAUGAACCGUACUCAGUACCGGGCCAUCCGUAUAUCUCCAAGGACUCACUUUCGGCCGAUAUCUGCUUCCGAACUAUCUCCGGGUUGGUGCAGUGUAUCGGACGCAGAGUCUGAAAAAGAAGAAAUGAGUCUUCCUGUUUCUGGUCAGACAGACCUGUUUGAUGACCCACAGGCAGACCUCAAACCCCUCGAGGAGGACGCAGAGUGCGAGGGCCCUUACUAUGGGAAGUCUGAACUGGAGUCUGGUAAAUUCUUACCUAGAUUAAAGAAGUCUGGCAUGGAGAAGAGUGCUCAGACUUCACUGGACUCGCAGGAGGGUGGUGCUGUGUCUCUGCCAAAUGCAGAGCGGGAGAUUUGUUUAGACUGCAAAACUGCAGGAGAGCCAGCUGCAAGCCCUUGUGUGGAGGGCCCUGUGGACACACCUCAAAUAGAGGAAACCAGCGCAGGACCUGAGGCUUGCAGGUGUGGCCGGGAAAGUGAAAUUCCUGAAUUUGGAAAAUCAUAUGAUGCGGGUCCUGAUUUGCAUGAGUUCCCACUGUUGGGUUUCGGAGAGCAGGGUGUAACGGGUGUCCAGCAGGCUGACUGCUGGUGGCAGAACACCUUGUGCUCCUCUCUGUUUGCAGGAUCACAGUGCACAGGAAGCAGUAACAUGUGAUGCAUGAUGCUCACUGCAGGGGCAUCGGGAAAGAAAGGCGGAGCUGUGUGGGCUCCGCCCACCCCUCCUCCUUCUCCUCGCCGUCCAGUUUUCCACCACACACCCAGUACAGGAGGAGGGGAAAGAACAGCUGGCCCCCUCAGUGCACAGGGGUCCUUCACACCUAUGACCACUCCCACCCCACCCUGCCCCAUGUUUCUGCUCACCCCAGCCCUUGGUGGCUAACACAGUUAGCCUGAAACUAAAAUAUCUGGGAGGCGUUGGGGGUGGGUGGGGGGCUGUGUCUGAGCGCAUUCAUUAUAGAUUUCUUUGAAGGCAGUGUAUUCCAGUGUUAAUCAGCUUUGACAGAGAUAAGACAGUUAAGAGAUAAGAAUGAUGAGAAUGAUCUUUAGUAGUCAGUACAGAGUUGGGUGAUAAAGGCCAUCUUUACUUGAGCCCCUUGUAAGGUUUCCCCCCCAGUGGUGUCCCACUGUUUGUUCAUCACACUAGUCACACACCUCAUAUUUGAGUAUAAAUGCUCAAUGACCCACCUGCCAUUUAAAAAAAAAAAAAAAAAA